AUGAAUUCUCGACCCAUGUCGCCCAUGCCAUCUGACCCUAAUGAUCUUAACCCCCUUACCCCCGCUCACUUUAUGAUAGGAAGAUCCAUGGUGGCUGCUCCGGAUCCAGACGUUUUGGGCAUUCCAGAGGGUAGACUAUCUCUUUUCCAACGGAUACAACAAUUAAAUCAGCAUUUUUGGAAGCGAUGGAGUAGGGAGUACAUAACUGAACUUCAGCAACGCACAAAAUGGAGAGCACAAGGCAGAAAUUUGGAAAAAGGUGCAAUGGUGUUGGUCAAGGAGGACAAUCUCCCGACGUCAUUGUGGAGGAUCGGCCGAGUAGUUGAAGUAUAUCCAGGACCUGACGGAAUAAAUCGAGUUGCCGUUAUUAAAACAAUCAACGGGAACAUCAAGAGAGGAUUCGCAAAAAUUUGCCCGCUUCCCAUAUAUGACAACACAACAACUUCAACCGAUAGUGAAGUGAUUUAA